AAACGUUUGCCAUGGUAUUUUGAUCCCGUCUCCAAAGYUUGAGGGGUCGAAGAUCCAUGUUGACAUCAUUCAGGAUAACAAAGGCUUUUCUAAUCCCAACUAUCAUCCUCCACCUUCACUUUGUCUUUCGGACCCAAACAAACCAGAAAACGUAAAAACCUUCUAUGUAGUAAUAUUUCUUUCAAGUUCGCACUGGUAACACCCAAAGUUACAGGUCUAUAAUUGUCAAGCAGUCAUAUUCCUGUGUUUGUUACUGGAAUGACCUGUCAAAAGUCUGGUACCUGCUAAACAUGGAAUCACUUUGCUCCGAAAAAAUGAUCAACAAUGAUAGUGUCAUAGGGUCAAAAAUAACACCUACACUUCUAAUCACCCUGUAAUUUUACUCCAAGAAUUUGUUUGGAAAAAAGCAACCGAUUUUCUUUUGUUCUGAUUGUUUGAAGUUUGAACAGAAAUGAGGGGUUUCUGUGCUGUUGUUGUUUUGGUGUGUGUCGUUGUGUGUUCCAAUGCAGCUUCUAUAAAUCAACCUGGUCAGUCAAGAAAUUUCAUCCCUAAUCGCUUUGACAUUAAAGGAACUUUGAUAAAUAAUGAUGGUACCUUUAAGAGACAAGACGUAUCAGAUGAACCCGUGGCACAGCAAUCCAUGUUUGAUCAGCUCGGUGAAGGACAGGAAGCAAACCUAGCCUAUCAACAACCAGSAGCUUACCAAGGAGAUCAGCAGCCUUUUCAAGAUUACCAGAACCCUCAGGCCAACUUUUUAGCUCAACAGAACGACCAGAACGCUUAUUACCAAAACUCUCAGCUAGCACCCGAACAAAAUAUGCAGGGAUAUGUAGACAGCGCGCCACAGAACGAUGACUUGCACGGGCAAGAGGGAGAAGGGCAGAUGUACAAUGCUAUGGCACAACAGGAAUAUCAACCUAACUAUAAUGACCAGACUCCACCAGAGGCCGAAUUCCAGGCUGCACAGYCGUACUAUAGCGAACAGCCACCACAAGAAGAACAACAACAGACAAAAGACGUUCGACCAUCAACUCAGGAUGACAUCAAGGGAUCUGACCGUGAUACCAUAGCAAAGAAUAAAGAAAAGGCCAGGGAAAAAAUUCUUGGCGCGACAAAGAAGUUCAAAAUCCCAAAGAAUCUUUCUCCCAAAGACCUGGAAGGAAUGAUAGGAUACUCCAAACAGAUUUAUCUUCGGGGUGGCCAUCAGUAAACCCUUAGGUACAACUAUAUAAGGAUAACUCCAACUUCACAAUCAAUSCAAACAACAGUCUGUGUUUGGACUACAUUAAAGUGACAUUCUACGCCUCA